AUGCGAUACUCUUCAGCCGCCGCAUUCCUCUGUUCUUUGGCAGGCUCCGCCAAUGGCCUGCCUGCACCUGCACCCCAGGCGUCAGGAGCCUCUGGCCCUACGGUACCAGGUCCUGUUGAUCCUUCGCAAGUCCUCAAUAUGCCACUACCUUCUGGAGCUUCAGGUUCUCUGCGUGGUUCAGAAGACUAUCUAGGGUACAAUCCUUCGAAUCCAGUCGACAUGAAGUCCACCGUCAUUCCACCCGAAGACUUCGAACUCGCACCUGGACAAUCAGAGGACGCAAAAUUGGGAUUGUAUAUUGAUCUUUCCAAUGUGAAGAACCCGCAGCCGAUCCGCGGAGGUACUACAGGACCUACGGAGCCUGGUCCUCGUACGCCGGCCUAUGAUCGCUUGAACAGCGACGUAUACGCUCCGCCAUCUUCCGACAUGGGCGAGGUAAGCAACGCCAAAUGGCCAUUCGGUCUCAGCCACAACCGCCAUGGCCUUGCCGGAGCAGGAUGGGCACGAUCGCAGAACACCGACCAACUACCGUCCUCGGUCGCAAUGGCCGGAACAAACAUGCGACUGAGUCCGCACGCGUACCGUGAGCUGCACUGGCACAAGCAAGGCGAAUGGGCGUUGAUGCUCAACGGCAGCGUACGCAUAGCCUCCAUGAACGAAGCCGGCCAAACCUUUGUCGACGACGUCCAAGAAGGCGACGUCUGGUUCUUCCCUCCUGGUAUCCCGCACUCGAUCCAAGCCUUUGAGAAUGGCUGUGAAUUCCUGCUCAUCUUCAACGACGGCUCCUUUAGCGAGGAAAACACGUUCCUCCUCUCUGAACUCAUGCUGCGCAACCCAGAAAGCGUGAUAGCAAAGAACUUCCGCACAUCAGUCAAGACAUUUGAGAAUAUUCCUCAAGAGCAGCUCUGGAUCUUCCCUGGUACCCCUGCGCCAAAGAACAUUUCAGAGCAGAAUGUCACGGGGCCCGCUGGCGUGAUUCCAAAGGAAGGCGCGUAUACUUACCAUUGGAGCCAGCAGGAACCCGUAAAGGUACCCGGUGGUAGUAUCAAGAUCCUCGACCCGGCCACCUUCCCCAUCGCGAGCACUUUUUCCGCUGCGCUCAUCACCGUCGAACCUGGCGCGAUGCGCGAACUGCACUGGCACACCACGUCGGACGAGUGGUCGUACUUUUUGUCCGGAACCGCACGCCUGACCGUGUACGAAGCGCCUGCUGCGUCGCGCACAUUUGAUUUCUCGGCCGGCGAUGUCGGAUACGUGCCUGUGCCUAAUGCACAUUAUCUCGAGAAUACGGGCAACGAGACGUUGGUGUACCUCGAGGUGCUGCAAUCGACGCAAUACAGUGAUAUCAGCGUGAACCAGUGGCUGGGUAUCACGCCGAGGCAGAUUGUCAAGGAUCAUUUGAACGUCGACGAUGCCUUUUUGGACACGCUGGGCGAGAGGAGGAGCAAGGAUUUUGUGGUUCAGGGAAAUCCGGAUUUGACUACGACUGAUUUCACGCCUGGCCUGCAUGGUGGUGCUUAA